AUGACUAGGAAAGCAAUAGGUAUUGAUUUGGGUACAGCAUAUUCAUGUGUGGCUGUAUUUCAAUAUGGAAAAGUUCAAAUCAUCCCUAAUGAACAAGGCAAUGGAAUUACACCAUCGUAUGUUGCAUUCACUGAUACUGGACGUUUGAUUGGUGAUCCAGCUAAAAAUCAAGCAGCUCGAAAUCCACAUAAUACAAUAUUUGAUGUCAAACGACUUAUUGGUCGUAAAUAUGAUGAUUCAACUGUACAAGAUGAUAUGAAACAUUGGCCAUUUAAAGUAGUUAAUGAUUGUGAUAAACCAAAGAUUCUAAUUGAAUAUAAGAAUCAAAUGAGACGAUUUACUCCUGAAGAAAUAUCUUCAAUGAUAUUAACAAAAAUGAAACAAAUAGCAGAAGUUUAUCUUGGUGAAAAAAUUUCCGAUGCUGUUAUUACUGUUCCAGCUUAUUUCAAUGAUUCACAACGUCGAGCAACAAAAGAUGCUGCUGUUAUUGGUGGUCUUAAUGUAUUACGUAUUAUUAAUGAACCAACAGCUGCUGCUCUUGCUUAUGGUUUUGAUAAAAAAGUUUUGAAUGAAAGACAUAUUCUUGUUUUUGAUUUGGGUGGUGGAACCUUAAAUGUGUCAAUUCUCACAAUUGAGCAAGGUAUAUUCGGCGUUCAAUCAACCGCUGGUAAUACACAUUUAGGUGGUGCAGAUUUCAAUAAUCGAAUGGUAGCAUAUUUUAUUCAAGAAUUUGAGCGUACAUUUGGAAAAGAUUUAUCAGAAAAUAAACGUGGACUUCAACGAUUACGUACAGCAUGUGAAUAUGCUAAACUUACAUUAUCUUCAUCACCUCAAGCAUCAAUCGAAAUUGAUUCUCUGCAUGAAGGUAUUGAUUUCUAUUCAAAAAUAACUCGUGCUCGUUUUGAAGAACUUAAUGAUGAUUUAUUUCGUUUAACACUUGAACCUGUUGAAAAAGCUUUAUGUGAUGCUAAAAUGGACAAAUCACAAAUACAUGAAAUUAUACUUGUUGGUGGUUCAACACGUAUUCCAAAAGUACAACAACUUUUACAAGAUUUCUUUAAUGGUAAAGACCUUAAUAAAUCAAUUAAUCCAGAUGAAGCUGUUGCAUAUGGAGCCGCAAUUGAAGCAGCUAUAUUAAUACGUGAUCGAUCUGAAGAUGUUAAAGAUUUACUUUUACUUGAUGUUGCAUCACUUUCAUUGGGUAUUGAAACAACUGGUGGUGUAAUGACAGCAUUAAUUAAACGUAAUACAAAUAUUCCAACAAAACAAACAGAAACAUUUACAACAGAUUCAGAUAAUCAAUCUGAUGUAAUUAUUAAAGUAUUUGAAGGUGAACGUGCAAUGACAAAAGAUAAUAAUUUACUUGGUUAUUUUCAACUUGCUGCUAUUCCACCAGCACCACUUGGUGUUCCACAAAUUGAAGUUACGUUUGAUAUUGAUGCAAAUGGUAUGUUAAAUGUAUCAGCUAUGGAUAAAAGUUCUGGAAAAGAAAAGAAAAUUAUAAUUAAAAAUGAUAAAGGACAUUUAUCAAAAGAUGAAAUUGAAUAUAUGAUUGCUAAUGCUGAAAAAUAUAAAAAAGAAGAUGAAGAACAACGUGUUUGUAUUGCAAUUAAGAAUUCACUUGAAUCAUAUUGUUUUAAUAUGAAAAUAAUAAUUAAUGAUGAUAAAUUAGCAGAUAAAAUUGAUGCUGAUGAUAAGAAGAAAAUUACUCAUAUCAUUGAAGACACAUUAAAAUGGAUGGAAACAAAUUACUUUGCUGAAAAAGAAGAAUUGGAAAAUAAAUUAAAAGAAGUUGAAAAAAUCUAUUUGUCAAUAACAAUGAAACUUUAUUCAGAUGAAAAUGAUAUCAAAAGAAUGCUAAGAGAAUUUCAUAGUGGCUCAAAAGUUACCAGUCUUUUCUAUAAUGCAUGCCGAAAUAAUAACAUCGAUUUUGUUAAAUAUUGUUUACAAACAAAGUCAGUGGAAAACAUUAAUCAAAUAGAAUUAAAUGGAUCUACUGCACUUCAUGUAGCUGCAUCUGAAGGACAUGAAAAGAUUGUUGAGUUAUUACUACAAAAUGGUGCAUCUCAUUCAGUAAUAGAUAAAAAUAAUUGUACUCCGAUUGAUAAAGCUAAAACUGAUAAAAUAAAAGAAAUGAUUCGUCAUCAAAUGAGAAUAAUUCGUUUCUUCAGUGAUUCUAUCGAAUGGAUUAUUUCGACAACUGAUACAGAUUAUCAAGUACAGAAAUAUUUAUCAAAAUUGGAAACAUACGGCAAAGACUCGGAGUUUCAGAAACUGGUUGUUUAUAUAAAAGAAAACUAUAUUGAAAGAGAUUUAAAAUAUGUUAAUGAUAUCGGUGUAAUACAAAAAUAUUUUGAGAUCGGAAUCAGCAAAAACGAUCCUAUUCCUUUAUUAAAAGCAUGUACAGCUGAUACUGGUUUUUAUUCUACACUUAAUCUUCAUCUAUCACAAUUACAUCUUGAAAAUCUGACUAACAACAAAAAUCUUGGUCUAAUAUAUUAUAUUGGAAUAAUUGCUCGACAUCCAAAAUUAGAAAGAUUAUCAUAUACUGGAAUAACAUAUCGUAGUAUGAUCAUUACUAAUGAUGAUCUAAAACAAUACAAAAUAGGUACACGAGUUUUAACUAAAACAUUUUCAUUAACAUCAAAACAAUCAAAUAAAGCAUUAGAAUUUGUUUGUAACUAUAAACACGAUAAAGACGAUCGAUUAAGUACAAUAUGUCAAUAUGAAAUACAUAAUCGAAGAACUGCAUUAGAUGUUCAAUGUAUACCAAUAUUUCAAGAUGGACAAGAAGUAUUAAUUCUUCCAUAUUCAACAUUUAAAAUAAUUUCUAUUAAAUUAAAUAAGAACAAAUCACCUCAAGUUGAAAUAAAACUAGAAGAAUGUGAACUAUAG